AUUUUGUGUGAACCGUGCGAACGUGUAUUUUUUAGCUACAAUUUUCUUGCUGUUCUGUUAUAGUAGCGGCUUGUGGCGUUCAGAAAAAUCAAUUUCGGGAUGGCCAAACGAGGUAGGAAAAGAGCAAAGACAGCUCUUAAAAAGGCAACUGCUUUUUCAGUAGGUACCGCAGUCGAUGUCCCUCAGAAAGUUCAUCCUGCUAGAGACGAUUGCUAUCCGUUAAAUAAGUUGUGUCGUUUGUGCUUGCUUUCCAACAUCAACAUGGAACCGAUUUUUGCUUAUUCCGGAGACACCAGACUUUCUGAUAAAAUUUUUGAAUGUACUAAUUUGAAGAUUAAUGAAAGUAGUGAACAAGGAAUCCCGACGGCUAUUUGUGGUCAAUGCAAAAAGCAGCUAGAUCAGUGUCAUGAAUUUCGUCUGCUUUGCUGGAAAAAUAAUGAAGUUCUGCAAAAUUUGCAUGCAAUCCUAAAUCCGAAAAAAACACCUGAGUCGAAAAAUUGGUCCACUCCCGUUGUUCAAUUGAAAAAACUGGAUAUUAGUGUUAAUCACAUGCAAAGCGGACAAACGGACUUAUCCAAGCUGUACACUCCGCCUCGAGCUGGAAGGAAAAUUGCAAUUGCAAAACGCAAUUUUGGCGAAAUUUCAUUAGAACAGCUUUAUACCCCAUCUCGACGUGGUGCAUUCUCAUCCAAAGCUUAUCCUCGCUUUUCAAAAGAACUAGUUGUACGUCUAGUUCCAAUGUCUGCUUCGCUUAUCAAUAAGUACCGAAAGGCCACUGUGACAAAGACAAAAGCUGCAAUGAAAUUAUUUUCCCAGCCGAAAGGGGCUUUGCAACGGGUUUCGAAUAAAUCAAAUAACUCAGUUGCUAAAGCUAAAAUUGAAAAACGUAAUUCGCCAAUGGUGAAGAAAACUACCACCAAGUCUUCUAAAGUGAAAAAAGCAGCGAAAAUGACACCUCCGACGAUAAAGAAAUCUAAAACAAAACGAACCGAAAUCUCGAUGCCUCCGAAGAAAAGAAAGGAAAAUUUUCCAACUCCUGUGCCAGCCAUGGUGACUUGUCUGUUGUGUACUAAUACAUUCAACAAUCAGAAAACACUUAGCCGACAUAUGAUUGCUCACGAAAAUAACCGCAAGCAAAAUCGCGUCUUUGGUUGCGAAGUUUGCCGAAAGGAAUAUUUGAAACAGGCCCAACUGACAGAACAUCUGCAGAGCGCAGAACAUAUUGCAUGUGCUGGACCCAGUGCAUUGGAGGAGACCGAUGUAUCUAUUCUUCCUGACAAUGAUGAUGAGCAAAUGCAAGUAGUUUCUGGAGAAAUGUCGAAAAAUAUGUCUACUACUGACGCAGAGGCAGAAGAAAUCACAGACCAACCUGUAAUUUAUGGAUCUGAUCACCGGCAGCCGUCUCCAGACACAAACGACGCGUCCCAGCAAGAGGAUGAUCAUACUCGAUCAAGCCCGAAAUCCGCCGAAGCAAACCAGAUAGAAGCGAACAUCGAACCAUCAGCGACCAACGAAGUUCCUGUCAAUCGUGAUGCUAGUCCCAUUCCAGUGGACAGCGAAUCAUCAAUUUCGCGAGACGGGGGCGUACAGUACAGCGACGUUUGCUCGACAAACAAUGCAGAAAACUUGUUCAACGGUAGCGGAACUGAGUCUUUCAAUUCCUCGCGACGUGUCACCUUUUCCGAUAUAACUGAAGUUGUUGAAUAGCUUUUGUUUUGAUCAGUGUAGUGUACGAUUUCUUUUUUACUUUUUUUGUUUUUAAGACACAGAUACUAUGUUUACAAUCGUUUUAUGAUACAGAACCUUCGACCGAAUUUUAAUAUUCUUUUCAAAUGAAUGUAGUAUGUUACGAUACCAUAAAAUAGGCUUACAGUAUCAGCAUCUUGAUUAUCAAACAAUUCAUCACUUAGAGAAAGCAGCAGCGAACACUAAUAGGAAAUAUAUCAGCUUCCAGGUGAUGUCAGCUAUUAAAUGGAGUAUUUUUUUAAGAUCUGGCAAAAGAAAAACAGGUUGUAUACAAAUAACAGCCUCUUCGUACUAUGGAUAAAAAGCAAACAAAGCCAAGUACACAAUAAAUUA